CCUUUUUCAUCGCCCAGUAUUUCUGAAAAUAAAACCUGCCACCCAAAAAAUCAGCUCUUUUUUCUCCAUAUAAAAUCAAGCAAUUCUUUCAAAAAUUGAAAAAAUAAAUAAGAGAAUUAUCUAAAACUCCUAAAACGAUGCCGUACUGCAAUGUUUCUGGUGAGGAACCCGCCGCGAAAAAUGGUGCCCGGAUUUUCUAUAGAACAUACGGCCAUGGACCCGUGAAAGUUCUUCUGAUAAUUGGUUUAGCUGGGACACAUGAUUCAUGGGGCCCACAAAUCAGAGGGUUGGCAGGAACUGAGGUACCCAAUGAUGAUGAAUCAACGGUGGAUGAUGCGAGUGCAGGGAACGGGCUUAUGGAGGUUUGUGCAUUUGAUAACCGGGGAAUGGGUCGGAGCUUGGCUCCUAUGAAAAGAUCCGAGUAUACAACAACGAUUAUGGCUAAAGAUGCAAUAUCUGUAAUGGAUCAUUUGGGUUGGACGAAAGCACACGUUUUUGGCCACUCAAUGGGUGGUAUGAUAGCUUGCAAAUUGGCAGCUUUAGUACCCGAUAGAGUUCUAUCCUUAGCUUUACUUAAUGUAACUGGAGGAGGAUUUCAAUGUCUUCCAAAGCUUGACCGGUUAACUCUAUCAGUUGCGAUGCGGUUCUUGUUGGCAAAGACACCGGAAGAAAGGGCUGCUGUGGACUUGGACACGCAUUACAGCCAGGAUUAUCUUAAAGAGAGUGUUGGACAAAGUACAAGACGAGCAAUUUUAUACCAGGAAUAUGUGAAAGGUAUAUCGAAAACUGGAAUGCAGGCCAAUCAUGGUUUUGAAGGUCAGAUAAAUGCUUGUUGGACACAUAAGUUAACCAGAACAGAAAAGGAACAAAUCCGUUCUGCUGGUAUCCUUAUCUCUGUCAUUCAUGGAAGACAUGACAUUGUAGCUCAAAUCAGCCACGCAAAACGACUCGCAGAGAAGUUCCAGCCCUUUGCAAGAAUGGUGGAUUUACACGGAGGCCAUCUAGUGAGCCACGAGAGGACCAACGAGGUUAACGAAGCACUUCUUGAUUUAAUCAAAGCAUCAGAAUGCAAAACAAGCCCACAUGAUUGGACAAAUUUACCUGACAAAACAAGCUCAGAUUGGAUUAUACCAUUGAUGAUGCUAACCACCACAAAAUCAGCCACAAGGAACAGUCUAUCGUCCAUGUACAGAGUAUUGGAAAGAUUGAACGGUUUCUUGAUUUAUCUCUUCGGCUUUUUUGUGAUUUUUUACGAGUAUGUACGAAGAAUAGUGGGAAGAUUCAAGCCUGUAAGGAUAGGGGCUGCUCUCACAUAAUGAGGGACACUAGCAAAAGGGUGCGGAGUUUUCCUUAUAAGCUCGGAAUUUGGGUAAAACAUAAUUGGUCACGACUUUGUGCAGUGGUCAAGACCGCGUAUAUAGAAGAAAGAAAUCGCGGUCCUAGAGGAAAAUUGUAUAUUUGGGGAGGAAGAAGAAGGGUAGUAUUUUGUGUCCUCUUUUCCUUCACCAUUGUUAGGGCAUUUUACCAGUCUCAGCAUAAAAUGAGGGAAAAUACCAUAUGGUACUUGUAAUUGCUGUUGUACAAGAAUCUGAUCAUAAUUUUUGAAUUGUAAAUGAAUGAAUAAUAUUCAUGUUAUUGAGUUAUACACUUAUACUA